AAAGCGCACUGGAGGACGACGGUAUAGGGGCGUGCAAAUAGUGUGGUUUGCUAUAGCUUUAAGAACAUAAAAAUAGUGUGGGGUUCUUUAAAAAUGGAUUUUGCAUAGUUAUUAUAGUUAUUAACCAAGUUUUGACUUAUUGUUAAAUAGCAAUAUGCAUCUGUUUUUCAACGGACUGAUACCCACAGAGCAAUGUUUGCUAGUCGGAUUAGGGCCUUAAAUAAUCAAACUGUUAUCUUAUUUUACACUCAACCCUUGUGCUUUCCCAUGUCAAGAAAUUCACAUUAACUCUUCGGGACAACCGGUAAGACCAAUAACAAAAUUGUAGCGGUUAUGGAACCGCAAAUGUCUGAAAUAAUCGGUAAAGAGGACACGCCACUAGCAGCAGCUAACGAGGAGGCCGCACAAACAUCCGCGUCCCAGGGUGCCGUGCCGACCCCGGGUAAAGCAUUGAGGGGACGCGGAGCGUGUCGUUCGAAGACCGAGGUUUCUAACUCAUCAAAUAAGAACGGCGCUGCGAACACUCCGGCGUCUGGUCGGGUUUUACGUGAUCGCUCUACACGAACGUUACCAGCAUGGAGGCUGCACGAGGCCAGCGAGGAUACGGAGGAAACAGGUCGUGAUACAGAUUCCAACAGACGGAGGAAACCUGCAAAUCCUCGGCGGCGAAGAAGCACUACGGCCGCUAGCGGCGUUGAGGUUGUCAGUGAAACGGGGGAUCAUUCCAGGCCAGCUACAGGUGAGGAUGGUGACAAAGAUUCAUCAGCGACACGAGGCCCUCGUUCCAAGCGGGGUCAAAAUCAGGGCAGGUCCAAAGCUGCCUCCACUCGACAAACUGGGGCAUCACCCAGGAUGGUCUGUAAAAGUGAGCCAGAUGCAGACACACCCUCUAUUGGAGACAAAUCAACUGCAAAGAGAGCUGUAGCAAAGGAGGUGAAGGAGAAUGAUGUCAGUUCUGAGGAAGCACAAGUCCCCGGGGAAGAAGAACCAACAUUGCAAACUGACUCUCAGCCAGACAAGAACAAGCAGCAUCAGAGUGGAGAAGAGGAAGUGUUGAGUAGCGAUGAAGACGUACCCUUCAGGGAUGACUUGAAUGACCAGAGCUAUGACCCCAAGGCUGAAAGCAGAGAUACACACAAGCCAAGGCGAAAAUCUGCUCCCCGAAGCAAGGAGAAGAAAGAGAAGGCUCCAUCCAGAGAAAGGGAACCUGAAAUAAAGACAGAGGGUGGUGAAGGUGAUGAAGGUGGAGACGUGAAGCUGGAAAAUGAGUUUGGAGAGGAGGCAGAGGCGCCAAGGAAGAGGGGGAGGCGACGAAAGGAUGACAAGAGUCCUCGGCUCCCAAAGAGAAGGAAGAAGCCCCCAGUGCAGUACGUGCGCUGCGAGAUGGAGGGAUGUGGGACAGUGUUGGCUCACCCUCGCUACCUCCAGCACCAUAUUAAGUAUCAGCAUUUGCUGAAGAAGAAGUAUGUGUGUCCUCAUCCCUCCUGUGGCCGGCUGUUUCGGCUGCAAAAACAGCUUCUACGUCACGCCAAGCAUCAUACAGACCAGAGAGACUACAUCUGCGAGUUCUGUGCCCGUGCCUUCAAGAGCUCCCACAACCUUGCUGUGCAUCGAAUGAUUCACACCGGAGAGAAGCCGCUGCAAUGUGAGAUUUGUGGCUUCACAUGUCGCCAGAAGGCCUCUCUGAACUGGCACAUGAAGAAGCACGACGCCGACGCCUUCUAUCAGUUCUCCUGCGGCAUCUGUGGCAAGAAGUUUGAGAAGAAGGACAGUGUGGUGGCCCACAAGGCCAAAAGCCACCCGGAGGUGCUCAUAGCCGAGGCCCUGGCCGCCAACGCCGGAGCCCUGAUCACCACUCCGGGGGCUCUGCUGGAGGCCUCCUCCUCCUCCAACGCGGUGGUGUCCACUGUGGAGCAGCAACAGCAGCAGCUGUCACAGCAGCUGCAGCAGCAGUUGCCACCAGACACGCAGGUGGUGGUGGUCGAGGACGCCCAGACCCUCCACACCAUGCAGGUGCCCGUCACGCUCGCCCUCCAGACGGCCACGGAGGAAGAGGACGACAACGGUGGUGGCGUCAUCGUGCAGGAGCAGCAGAUCUCCGCUCAGCACACUGCUCAGCCCUCCCUCACCCACACCCACACACUGCAAAUGCCCCUUCAGUUCGUCUCAGCGGUGGCGGGCUCCCAGGCGCCCCAGAUCCACCAGCUGACUCUGCACUCGGGGCAGCACCUCGUGGCUCAUCAGCAGCAGAAGCAGCAGCAUCAUCAGCAGCCGCAGCAGAUCACCCUGCAGGCCUUCAGCCCUCAGAUGCAGACGCAGAUUCUCCACAUGACCUUCCAGCCCGUGGCCGCCCAUACCGUCCCUGGCCAGCAGCAGACGGCUCACAUCCAGGGGCUGCCGCUGCUCUCUGCCACCCCUCAGCAUCAGCAGCUGACCCUACAGGCCAUAGCCCAGCACCAGGAGCCACCGCAGCCCAGCCAAACUCUUCAGCAGCAGCAGCAGGAGCCCCAAGACCUGCCAGGCCACCACCCAGCAGCCACCCCUGCUCUGCUCACUCACACAGUGGUGGUGCAGGAGGUGGAGGACCCCACUACUGACUGCCAGGAAGCUUUGGGAUUUGGCCAUGACCAUGACCAGGCGGCACCCCCCUCCUCCUCCUCCUCACCACCACCCCCAGAUCCUCCCGCCAUUGACGCCCCGGAGCCGGUAGACACGGCUGUGGUGUGGCAGGCGGCUGAGAACGGGGAAGGGGAAGGGGAAGGGGAAGGGGAAGGGGACAUUGAAGGGGUCUGGGAAAGGGGUGCAGAAGAAGGGGGCGGGGCAGUUGCAGUUUUGACUCAUGGAUCAGAAGGUCAAGUACAACACGGACUCAUGUAGAAUGGUAGCAGUACACAUAAAGCUUGUAGUAGCAGAAGGAAAGAUUUGUCAGAAAUUCUGUCUUCUAUUUAACCAACAAACUCACUAGAGAUGCAGUGGGAUUUUGUCAAACAUUUUUGCCUCGUGUGACACUCUGGCUUAAAUGAAGACGUCGUGCCCUUCUCCCAUCUCUUUACUGUAUUAUUAUGACACAGUACCGUAUAGGAUCACAGAUGUAUGUAAUCAGCAUAACGUGGUAGGUUUUUAGAACUGUCAGGGAAUUGUAAUCAUGUCUUCAAUUCUUUUUGUACAUAAGCAGUUUUAGUUCUAUAACCAUUGCAAUAUUGUGUGUUUUAGUUGAGUGAGACACUGGGUAUAUGGAUUUUCAGUGUACAAUAUGGAAGUCCUUUGACAUCUGUUAUGUAUUCUUUUUCAUUCUGACUUGCCGGUUUGUUACUACAUACUUGUAGAUUUUUUGUGUACUCAUUUGUUAAAAUCACACCAGAAGGCACCAAAAGAACAUAUUUAUUAACCACAUCAACUAAAUAAAGCUAAGGUAGGAAACUG